UAUUUAGAUCAGUCGUACGCGAACCGCACAGAACCUCACGCGCACGAUGAACAGCCUGGCGCGGAAACUUAUCACGAGUGAAUUAAAAAAAAUAAAAUGGCAAAGGAAACUCUCUGUCAGUGCGUCUUUGAAAAAAGACGAGGAUUUCAUCAUAAAGUCUUUUCUGCCGGAAAAGAAAAUUCCUGAUAUGAAACUGCUGGAUAGAGUUUGGACGGAGUCCGCGGGAUUUAAAAAGUUAGUUGCAUUGGAAUGCGCCGAGACCAAAAAAUCGUACACGUACGAGCAACUUCAGCACAACACGGGCAUCUUCGCGACAUCUCUUCUAAAGAAUUUCGGCUUGAAGCAAGGUGACAUCGUGGCUAUCAUGCUACCCAACUGUCCAGAGUUCGUGGUGACAGCUCUAGGGAUUAUACAGGCUGGGUGCACGAUGACCACUAUCAACCCUAUUUAUAAAGAAUUAGAACUCACUCACCAAUUAUCCUUAACCAGGCCAAAACUAAUAGUGACGACAUCAAAAUGCUACGACAUAAUAAAAACAGCAAUGCACAAUGCUAACCUUGAUAUGAGAAUUAUAAUAAAAGGUACAGAAACCGCAAUACCAAAUGGCGCAGUCAGAUUUACAGAAGUAGCAGAAAAUGGUGAAAUAGAUAAUGCCCUUUUGGAAAAAGUAGAAAAACGCAAGCCUGAUGAUAUAGCAGCCAUUCCAUUUUCAAGCGGGACAACCGGUAUGCCGAAAGGAGUGGAGAUCACCCACAGGAACGCCAUUGCGGCUCUUGAAAUUAUGUUUGAGGAAAGAAAUUGCUAUCCUAUACUUGCGACUGAUUCCUUCCAAGACGUAGUGCCGUGUAUUUUGCCAUUCUUCCACAUCUAUGGGCUAGUGAUUAAUCUACUUGGACACUUGUCAAAAGGAUGCAAACUUGUAACCAUGUCUACGUUCUCAACUGGACUGUUCUUAGAUAUCCUGAAGAACCAAAAGGCCAGCCUUCUCUAUAUAGUACCUCCUAUUGCUGUAUUACUAGGUAAGCAUCCAGACGUGACCAAAGAUCAUUUGAAACAUGUAAGACGAAUCACAAGCGGCGCCGCUCCGUUAUCCGCCACUGAUGUUCAAUUGGUAAUGGAAAAAAGUAACGGUAACGUAGCAUUCGGCCAGGGAUACGGAGCGACGGAGACGACAUCCUUGACUACAGCAACGCUGAUCGGUACCGCUCCGGACUUCGCUGCCAGCGGGGUUCUCAUGUCCAACAUAGAGCUGAAGUUCGUUGAUCCCUUGACUGGGAACCCUGUUCCAUGCGGUGAACAAGGGGAAUUGUACAUCCGAGGACCUGUGGUCAUGAAGGGUUACCACAAGAACGAACAAGCGACAGCGGACAGUUUGACAGAGGACGGCUUUUACAAAACAGGCGACUUGGGUUACUACGACAAGGAUGUUGGGCUAUACGUCACAGACAGAAUCAAGGAGCUUAUUAAGGUUAAAGGUCUUCAAGUAAUGCCAGCAGAACUAGAAGGCAUCCUUCGAUCCCAUCCAGCCGUCGCCGACGCAGCGGUGAUCGGCAUUCCUCAUGAAUACCACGGAGAAGCACCCAUAGCCUUUGUCAUACCUAAAAACGGGUUCAAACUCUCAGAAGAAGAACUACAGAGCUUCGUAGCAGAGAAGGUAGCGCCGUACAAGAAGAUAGAAGAAGUAGUGUUUGUGAAUGAUAUCCCUAAGACGAAUACGGGGAAGAUUUUGAGAAGGGAGUUGAAGAAAAUGUAUGCGUGAGGCGUGGAGGUGAGAUUUUA